AUGAAGCACUUGGACGAGCCGGGACCAUUUGGAGGGUCGAGACAGCCAGCUUAUAAUCAAGGAUAUCAGGCUCCAGAGCCGAUGAUGGGUGGCGCUUUGCCAGUUGCUGGGAAGCCAGGUCCUCCGCAAUAUGCGCAAUUCGAAGUUGGGAAGAAUGGAUUUGCCGUCGAUCCUACACCUACACCACUCAGUGAAGAUGCACUUCCCCCAAUGCCGAGCUGGGACAGUGCUGCGAAGAAGCAUGUCUUGACAGAGGAUGAGAAGAAUGGAGUUGAAUUAGGAGAGCUGGAUCCUACGACAGGACAGCAUGUUCCUUUGAUGACAGGGGCAGCUGCAACUGGCAUUAGCACACCAAGUCCGAUAGAUGGCAGAGGACAUAGUCCGUUUGGGGCGAGACCUGGGCCAGGUGCUGGAGGAACUGGAUACAUGGGUGUUGAUGAAGAGCACUACGACCAAAAUCAAACCGCUUACAAUGGGAAUGGGAGAGGCUACGGAUCUCCAAUGGCAGGGCCUGGGAUGGGUCCUCAAGGAGUGGGAAUGGGAAUGGGACCACCACGGACGGGUACUCCACAAAUGAGAGGAUCGCCAGCUUUGGGGCAAGGCCCGAGAAGACCGCCUGGACCAGGAGGCUAUGGACCCAACCCAUCGCAAAGCUACAACGGGCAGGCUCGAGGCUACGGCCCGUCCUCACCGCAAGACUCAUAUGGCCAGAAUGAUAGUUUCGCUGAUGCGUCCGUGGGAGGAGGUCGUGGUUAUGGAAGAGCUCAACCUCAGAGACAGUUCUCUAAUGACCACUACGGUGAUGAACAAUACUCCAGCCGGCCCUUUCCUGCCCAACCCUCGAGGCAAUAUUCCUCGGACUCGCAGCAGCCACUAGCUCUUGCACGCCAGUACUCGGAUGGCCCAGGAUAUCCUCAGGAUAAUUUCCAGCCCAGCGGCCCUCCUCCACGUGGACCUUCACGAGGACCGGGUGGCCCUAAUCGCAUGGCCUCGCCGCCAUUACAGAAUAACUCAGGCUUCGACUUUGGUGGUGGUCAGCAAGAUUAUCAAACUCGACCCAGUCCUCCACCACAACAAUAUGGCCGUCCCUCACCACCGCUCGAGCAGAUGUCCUACGGCUCAUCAAACCGACCAAGCCCUCCAACUCAAAGCGGCAGAGGCAAUGAUGGCUACUUUGCAGGAAGUACCGCUGCUCCAAGCUACGCUACCAGAACCCCACCACCUCAAGAACCCACAUAUCCUGGAUAUAAACCUUAUCAACCUACAUCAACAGGUAGAGGCAGAGAGCCUCAAGGAUGGGAUCCAGUUCAGCAAUGA